UAGAACCUUUCGUCCAAAAAGAGCACAACCUCAUUUUUGGAAUCUUUCAUCCACGUGCUAUCAAAAUAAAGAGUACACCUUAUUUUUUGACUAUUUCGUGCAUUUGCUGGCGAAAAAAAGCGAACAACUCAUUUUUGGAAUCUUUCGUCCACUUGCUGGCGUAAAUUAAGCAAAGAAACCUCAGUUUUGGAAUCUUUCGUUGACUUUCUGCCGUAAAUUAAGUGAACAACCUCAUUUUUUGAAUCUUUCAUCCACGUGCUAUCAAAAUAUAGAGUACACCUUAUUUUUUGACUAUUUCGUGCAUUUGCUGGCGAAAAAAAGCGAACAACUCAUUUUUGUAAUCUUUCGUCGACUUGCUGGCGGAAAUUAAGCAAACAACCUUAUUUUUGGAAUCUUUCGUUCACUUUCCGGCGUAAAUUAAGCUGACAACCUCAUUUUUGGAAUCUUUCGUCCACAACGCGUGCGCCGACAUUUGUUUGUGUUUUCAUUGAAAAGUAACAAAAUGGGAAACCGAAGGCAAUUGAAUACAUCUACGUUCAACGAUGGAGACUUCGUCUUCGCUAAAAUGCGAGGAUUUCGCGCAUGGCCCGGUCGCAUUGUAAACCGUAUUGGCACUGAAUACAACGUGUACUUCUAUGGCACGUGGGAUCAUGCAAAGGUGUCAGAGAAUCAAAUUUUUGACUUUGCAACACACUCGAGGCGGUACGGAAGAGUGAAUAAUGAUCGUGACUCCAAGGCCGUCCGUUCGUUCAAAGCUGCCAUGCUGGAGAUUCAGCUUGCCAUGUCUGAGCCCGAUAUGGAUAUUAGUUACUUCAAUACUGUGGGUCAGCUAUCGGAGGAGGGUGUAAACCCAGAGGAUGCUGACACUGAAUCCAGCGUCCUGGACUCCGACUCGGAUUCGGACAAUGGACAACUUCCAUCCGAGCUUCACAUAGUCGGUGACAGCGACGCCGACUACGAGCCGGAGACGGAGACGGACGCGAAAGAGAACAACUCUCCAAAUUCAAACUAACCUCAAAUUUUGUUUUCUUUUUCUUUUUGUGUAUCUGCUGUCGCAAUCAACAUUAAUUUCAAAAACUCUAAAUAUGUUCGAUUAUCAAAGAGGCAAGCCUUAAAUAAAAAGAAAUUCAUGUGA